CGAUGACGAUAUAAACUCCUCGUGAAAUCAUUGAUGGUGAACAGCAGUUCAACCAUUUCAUCAACAACCAAAGGUCCUCUUUCACUUUGACCCUAUCUCCUUACCGCUCUUUUAGUCUUUCACUGUCCCGAUGGCAACACCGCCUCAACUAUCCAAUGGCUGCCGAUGCAGACCGCCCUUAACCUCUCCUAGUCUACAUACAACUUCUGACUCUUCCGGAACCUGCCGAUCUCAACAUAUUGAAUCACGCAAUUCGUCCACAGAGUCACUUGAACAUCCUCCACCGAAUGUUCCCGAGGGGGAGCAUAUUGACUCGAGUGAAGGCGUUAUCCAGAAGCACCAGCAUCCAGAUACACUUGAUACCCUUGACAAUACUCGAACAUCUUCUAUCAACUCAUCGCAGGAGAGCCUCAAAUCCACAUCGACACAGGUCUGUACCUCAAUGAAGGAGAAAAACGCCGGUACCAAGUCAGGCAGCUCUAUGGGUACACACAGUGCUUCCGCGGUUCCAUUGCCAAACACAAGAUGGUCACACCGGCAAUGGAUCAAAUUUUUGAGCCUCCACUGGCUCUCGGCCUACCGCGUACUUAUCGGGCUGACCUUUAUCAUAAACAUCGUAGUAUUCGCUGUUUUAUGCAAGCGCCUCUCUCUCGCCGCACCUCUUAUCGCUACCGCCGCCAACAUCUUCGCUGCCGUAUUUGUCCGCCAAGAAGACCUUAUUAACUUGACUUUUGCCUUUGUAGCAAAGAUGCCCUCAAACCUACCUUUUUGGUUUGCGAGGACGAUUUCAGACCUGCAUCAUUAUGGCGGAUUUCAUAUCGGCUGUGCAAUCUCAGCGCUCCUAUGGUACACGUACUUUGUGUAUCGCAACACUGUAUUAUUCCUUGGGAACGCAGACGCAGGAACUGCAACAGCUUCCAUGUGGGUCGACAUUGUCACUUGUUAUUCCUUCCUGUUUUCCAUCUUUCUCGUGUGCAUUACGGCUCACCCACGGCUCCGUGUCAAAUUCCACAACACUUUCGAACACACGCACCGCUUUGGGGGUUGGACAGCGCUCAUCGUCCUUUGGAUUCACGCCGGCGUGUCCAGCAAUAGCCCAGACAAUACACACAUGCACGCCAACCCCGCUGUAUGGCUCCUAGCCGCCACGACCUUUAUCAUCAUCCUCCCCUGGACACGCAUGCGCCGAGUACCCAUCACCACCGAAAUCGUCUCGAGCCGGGAAGUCAAACUCGGAUUUCCCUUUAAGCACAUGCCUUACACAUCAACCAUGCGCUUCUCGCGGAGUCCCCUAAUGGAAUGGCACGCCUUCGCCACUAUCCCCAAUCCCGACGGCGAAUCCGCCUACAUUGUGAUUUCCCAAGCCGGCGACUGGACAAAGGCCAUGAUACAGAACCCACCGUCGCACAUCUGGAUCCGCAAGCCCGCCGCCAUGAACUUCCUUGCCUUUUCCCCGCUCUUCAACUCUCUCCUGCUCGUCGCCACAGGCGCAGGCAUCGGUCCCAUGCUCUCCCUCCUGCGCAGCCCCGCCAUUGCCAAAAUGAAGAAACAAGGUCGUACGAUCAAAGUCAUGUGGUGCGUCUACCAACCUGAUGCGCCACACUGGCAAUUCGUCCAGGAUAUCAUCCGCAAUGUGGACCCUGAGCCGAGGAUCUUCGAUUCUAAACAGGGCAGACCGGAUGUCGCGGGCGAGACUACGUAUUUGAUGAAGGAAGCACAAAUUGAAGCUGUUAUGGUGGUUAGUAAUCCAAAGGUUACGAGAGAGGUUGUUGAGGGGGUUAAGGCUUGGGGCGGGGCGGCGUAUGGUGCUGUGUUUGAUUCUUAGACUGCGGUCGAAGUCUGUGUUUGUGUUGGUGAUGGUGAUGCUGACAUGUAUCUUGGGAAUUUUCAACGAGUUGCAUCGGAUUUUCUCAUAUCUGUAUGAGACGAGGGGAACUGUUGAGGAGAUGACGAUGCUUUGUAUACGCCAUAUUUGGGGGGUUGGGGGUCGGAUCUUUUGACUAGAGUUUGGAGGUGAUAUACUCGAGAACUGUUACCAAAAAACCGUAUAGGAAGAUUUAAGAGCUGGGGGAGACUGGCGGUCAUUUCUGGGGUUUUAGGGGGAGAGGGGAGUUAUGCGGGAUAUAGGCGGCGUACAGGAGUUUUUACCAUCUACUUCUUCCUUUUAUCAUCGA